GGUGGCUCGUGUUGAAUACUAAACGCGUUCUGUCAGAAUGUCCCAGGACGCUUGCCGUAGCCACAUGAGCGCCCAAUGUUUUCAAGAAGACUGGCAAUAAAAGCAUGUGUCUAAACUCCAUUAGUCAGGUGCUGCUGACUCUUCUUAUACUUUGCUGUCUGCAGUGUCACUCCAGGCCUCACAGUUAUGACAGUAAACAGCUUUCAGAAAUAUCCAAAGAGGUUUCUAAGUACUCCAACAUCGCUCAGCAAAUCAUAAACCUAGCAGUAUACGGAAAGGCUCAGAACCGUUCCUAUGAGAGGCUGGCUGAGUUCACUGACACUAUUGGAAACAGAGUCAGUGGCUUUAAGAACCUAGACCUGGCCAUUAAGUACAUGCACAAUGCCCUUACACGGGACGGACAGGAGAAUGUGCAUCUAGAGCAAGUGAAGAUCCCUCACUGGGUGCGAGGGGAGGAGAGUGCGGUGAUGCUUCUACCGAGAAACCACACUUUAGCCAUACUUGGGCUUGGUAGUAGUGUUGGAACUCCUCCAGGAGGUAUAGAGGCAGAGGUAAUGGUGGUGGAGUCUUUUGAAGAGCUGAAAAAGAGAGCGAGUGAGGCUAAUGGCAAAAUCGUUGUGUAUAACCAGCUUUUUGUCAGCUAUGGGGAGACCGUAGCCUAUCGGGCUUCAGGGGCCUCAGAGGCUGCUAAAGUUGGAGCCGUGGCUUCACUAAUCCGUUCAGUAACUCCAUUCUCCAUCAACAGCCCCCACACUGGCUGGCAGUGGUACCAGCCUGGAGUGCCUCAGAUCCCCACUGCCUGCAUCACUGUCGAGGAUGCCCAGAUGAUGGCCAGGAUGGCCCGCAGAGGGCAGAGGAUUGUGGUGCGUCUGACUAUGGGGGCCCAAACACUGCCAGAUGUCGACUCGUUCAACACUGUAGCUGAAAUCAUAGGCAGCAAGCACCCUGAACAGGUGGUGCUGCUCAGUGGUCACCUGGACAGCUGGGACGUGGGCCAGGGCGCUAUGGAUGAUGGAGGCGGAGUCGCCAUUUCCUGGGAAGCACUUUCUUUGAUCAGAGACUUAGGGCUGCGUCCCAAAAGAACACUGAGGACGGUGCUGUGGUCCGCAGAGGAGCCAGGCGGGGUGGGAGCUGCUCAGUACUUCCAACAGCACAAAGCAAACAUCUCAAACUUUGACCUGGUAAUGGAGUCUGACCUGGGUACCUUCAGUCCUCUGGGACUGCAGUUCACUGGCAGUGACAAAGCUCGGGCAAUCAUGAAGGAGGUGAUGACACUGUUGGCCCCCAUCAAUGUCACGUCGCUUGAAGAACAUGGAGAGGGAACAGACAUUAACAUGUGGAUGAAGGCUGGGGUUCCAGGCGCCAGCCUGCACACUGCAGACCAGAGGUACUUCUGGUUCCACCACAGUGACGGUGACACAAUGAGUGUCCAAAACCCAGAGGAGAUGAACCUGUGUUCUGCUGUUUGGGCCGUGGUGGCCUACGUGGUCGCUGACCUGGAGGAAAUGCUUCCCAGAUAGUGAGUCACUCACAAACGACUGAACAAACCCCUGUCCAUCAGCUUACAGCAGUCAGUCGAUCACACCAUUACCUUGAGAAUUCUCUAUCAACCGGAGAAUUUUUUUGUGAUUUGACUUCAUCAUAACCUCAGGUACACUCCUGAUCACUCUACUCUCAUGUAAUAUAUAUUGCUACUUUGAUACUUGUGUAAUUUUCUUUUUUAAUUUGUUAAAAAUUUUAAUUUAGUUUUAUAAUGUGAAAUUGUCAUGUCUAUUCAUAAUUUAUUAAUUGAUUUGUCAAUUCUGUAAACAUAAGUGGUUCAUAUGUAUUCUAAAAAAAAAAUCGUUGAAUAAAGAUCCAGCAUCUGUGGCUAAAAUUA